AUGUUCUGUAUUACAUGUGGAGAAGUAUCAGAAGAUGACAGAUGUGACAAGUGCGAGAAGGAGUCUGAAACCAACCAGUUGAUUACCGAGUACUUCCAUCGUGGCUAUCAAUACAAAUUCAUUGUUAGGUUCUUGGAAAGAGAUGGCAUCAAAAUGUCUGUCAGGACACUGAAACGGAAACUUAAUUUGAUGAACUUGCGACGGAAACAGAACAUAGAUUUCGAAGAUGAGAACCAUAUAAGACAUAUUAUAAGGACUGAAAUGAGUGGACCAGGAAGUCUAGCAGGAUAUAGAAGCAUAUGGCAUGCCCUUCGUUUGAAACAUCACUUACAUGUUCCAAGAUCUUUUGUUGCAAAUGUGAUGAAAGAGAUGGACCCAGAUGGAGUUGAAGCACGGAAGAAAAGAAAGCUACGUCGUCGCACUUUCUUCUCAGAAGGCCCAAAUUACUCAUGGCAUGUAGACGGAUAUGACAAGCUGAAGCCUUAUGGAUUUCCAGUUCAUGGUGCCAUAGAUGGCUUUAGCCGUCGGAUUCUCUGGCUGGAGGUUGUUAGGUCAAACAACAACCCAAAUGUCACUGCAAGUCUAUUCCUAGAUUCAAUAAGAGAGACAGGUGGUUGCCCGAGAGUACUUGUCUCAGACAGGGGUACAGAAAAUGGUACUGCUGCUGCAAUCCAGAGCACCUUACGAUCUGGCUCUAAUGAUGCCUUAGCAGGAAUGAAGGCUCACAGGUUUUGCUCAUCCCCAGCCAAUCAGAGAAUAGAGGGUUGGUGGUCAUAUUUACGAAAAAACCGUAGUAGCUGGUGGAUGGAUUUCUUCAAAGGUCUUGUAGAUGAAGGCACUUUACUGCUUGGUGAUCAUAUCCAUAUGGAAUGCCUAUGGUUCUGCUUUGCAAGAAUACUUCAAAAUGACCUCAACAGUGUUAAAGACCAUUGGAACUCUCAUCGCAUCUCAAAAAAUGGCUACAGCAAAGUACAUGGAGUACCAGAUAUAAUGUUCUAUUUGCCUGAAUAUUAUAAUGCUUAUGAUUGUAAAACAGAAGUUGAAGAAGAUGAAUUACACCAGUUUGAAGAGUAUAUCAGAGAGGAAAACCCAGACAAUGUAUAUACAGAAUAUUUUGAGUAUAUAAUUGAUCAGCAACAGCUAGGUGUUCCAAGCGAUGAACAAAGUGCAUUACAACUUUUCCAAUAUAUAGUAAGCUUGCAAUUAUAA